CGGCGCUCGGUCGCCAUGAUGGGGGCGCAGGGUCUGAUGGUGUCGGCGCCGCGGGGCUGGCUGUGGGGGGCGGCGGCGGUAGCGGCGCUGGGCGUCCUGCUCGGGGCCUGGCGCUGGACCCGAGGGAGAGCCGCGGGGCGCCGCCGCCGCCCGGGCCGGCUGCAGCGGGUGGGCACGGUGUCCAGCCUGUUCGUGUACCCCGUAAAGUCGUGCCAGGGGGUGGCGGUGCAGCGGGCGCGGGUGACGCCGAUGGGGCUGCAGAGCGGGGAGAUGCGGGACAGGUUUUGGCUCGUGGUCAAGGAGGACGGGCACAUGGUCACGGCUCGUCAGGAGCCGCGUCUCGUCCUCAUCUCUACCGGCUGUGAAAAUGGUUACCUGACCCUGAGCGCCCAGGGGAUGAAGAAGCUGUGUCUGCCCGUGAAGCUGCCCCGCAAAAACCCGGUGCAGAACUGCAGGGUGUUUGGAUUGGAUAUUCAAGGCAGGGACUGUGGUGAUGAAGUGGCUCAGUGGAUCACCACAUUCCUGAAUUCAGAGCCAUAUCGGCUAGUGCACUUCGAGCCUUCCAUGGUGCCAAGAAAGUCAAAGGACGUAAUAAACCUUUUCCGAACCACUGACGAGGUUGCCUAUCCUGACUGUAGCCCAGUGUUGAUCAUCUCAGAAGCUUCCUUGGAAGACUUAAAUACCAGAUUGGAGAAGAAAGUUAAGAUACAGAACUUCAGACCGAAUAUUUUUGUGUCAGAUUGCAGUGCUUUUGAGGAGGACAGCUGGGAGGACGUUCUUAUUGGUGACGUGGAGAUGAAAGGGACAGUGUGCUGUGGAAGGUGUAUUUUAACGACUGUUGACCCAGACACUGGAGUUCUGGACAGGAAAGAGCCUCUGGAAACAUUGAAAAGUUAUCGCCUGUGUGAUCCAUCAGAGCGACACAUAUACAAAUCCAGCCCUCUCUUUGGAAAAUACUUUGCUAUUGACAAAACUGGAACAAUUCAGGUUGGAGACCCUGUGUACAAGAUGAUCGAGUAAUGGCAAACGUUUUUGUCAGAUGACUUUUCACUUGGAUGUGUAAAUUGCUCAUGUGCAAACACGGUCACUGAUGGAAAUUUGUACUUUUUUCUUAUUCCUUUUCAAUGCUGUAUUUCUUUGUAGGGUGCAGGCUGUCUUUUGAAGCUAUGAACUUUCAAUCAUUUUAGAUCUUAUCAAACAGCAUGCAUGUAGCAGCUGAGUCUUUAGUUUUUGUCAGGGUGUCAGAAGAAAUUCUAUGAUAGGAUAAACUUCACAGCACUGCUGCGGGUUUCACAUCUCCAAGAAUUUUACAUUGAGCCUAACAUCAGAAUCCAAACUAAUUUUCAUGUACUUUGCUUCAUGUAAUAGAUGCCUUCAGUGCCUAUGAAGAACUUUUACCCUUACUGUUAUUCAUUUAGUUCUCUCCUUCCUUCCCUAACCAAAUGCCAGGACUUUGUAUGAAGCUGAUGAUUAUACUAUCUAUUAUGUUUUAUACUGCACAAAACUGACAGGGAUGUGAUGCACUCUGGAUGGUAUCAGUAAUAUUUUUUCCUUAAAUGUAGCUUAAUCAUGAAAAUGAAAAAGUCCAGAUCAUCGUGAAGAAAUCCAAACCUGUCAUCUUUUGAAUGCUUGGCUGCCUGAUGCUUUGUUAUGAAUUGCUAGAUCUGGAAAGGCUGUUGAACUAGCCAAAAAUAGGAGUAAUUAAAUGUGAAGGUCAAGUAAUGAUUCAGUUUUGUGUUUGGAUUUGUUGUACUCUGCUGUGAAUAUGAGAUUGGAAUUUUGCUGCAUGUUCACAGCUCAGCCCUGUAAGAUGAAGAUGAAGAACCCUUGUGCCUUUGAGUAAAUUCAAAUGGAUGCAUCUGGCAAGCAUGAAGCAAGCAUAUGGGGAAGGUAGUUUUCUAUUAUUUGUAAGCUCAGAAUUGCUCCAAAUAGCCUUUAUUAGCAGAGUGCUGUGUAGGUGCUUGGCUUCCCUGUGAUGGAUAAGUACUCAGCUGGUCUACCAUCAUGUAUUGGUACGUAGUUAUGCCUAAUGCAGUGACUAGAGGGAGGAAGUGAGGGGAGAAGUGUCUUCUUCUAAAUACAAGACAGUCCUGAGGUUCACUUUAAAACAGUGUUUGUUAAAAAUCCUGAAUACUAGAGGCUGAAGCGUAGUGGAAUUCCUAGUAGUUAGUACUAUUAAGCAAAGGCAGCCUGCUGGCCUGCCAAAGCAAUUAGUUGAGUGUGUCUGUUCAUUGAGUCAAAGAAGUGGAGUGAACGAGCUGAAGUUUUGCCUCUAGCCUAGUGUACUUUUUUGUUGUUCUUUGAGCACCACUUUAGGAAUUGCAUCACGCGUUGAAUGGCAUAGAUUGCAUUUCAUUUUGUGCUGCCAUUGAUUGGACUAGUUUUCAAAUGAGGUAGUCUUGCCAGCUAUCCGAACUGCAUCUCUGUUCCUGUUAGGAAAAUGCAAUAGAUCUAAAACCCUAAUUUAUCCCUCUCAAAGCCCCUUAGAAGAAUUUGGUUAGAAUGCUAAACUGAGUAUGCCCUGAGUAUAACAGAUUUGACAAAUGAUGUUUAAAUCCACUAUGUGGGGAGCUGAAGAGGGUAACUAAUGAAGGUUGUAAUAUAAAUAUAUUCCUACAAACGUUGAACUGCUGUAACUUUAGGAAUUAAAUUUGAAUUUACUAGAGCCAUUUAGGAAAUUGACUGCAAAACAUGUCACUCAAAAUACAACAUUUUUGUAAUUGUGCACUUUAAGAUGUUAAUGCUUUUUCUAACGAUAAAGAAAAAAGCUAAAGUACAAACUUCUAUUGAAUCCUGACUGUUUUAAGGAGUAAAAUUUGUUAAUCAUU